GUACAGGAUAGAGGAGGUGGUAUUCCGCGCAGUGCUUUUGACAAAAUUUUUUCUUAUACCUACACCACAGCUCCAAAACCAUCCAGGAAUGACUCAUCGCCAAUGGUAGCAGUCUCGGCUGGACUUGGCUACGGGCUUCCUUUAUCGAGAUUGUAUGCCUGGUAUUUUCAUGGUGAUUUGUUUUUGGUUCCUAUUGAUGGCUACGGUACCGACGCCUGCAUCUAUUUGAAAGCUCUAGCUGUAGAUGCCAACGAACUUCUGCCGUAUUUCAGCGUGACGACGCGAAAGUUCUACUCGAGCGGUGACCAGUGUCCAGGAUGGGUGCAUUCCAGGGGUUUGCAGCAGACGUAUGAUUGUUCUUCGGCGCUCUCUUUGAGUCAGUCGUUAUAUUAA